AUGAUUAGCGAUGGAGCAUUCAAAACUAAUGUCUCGGAUGAGAAUGUACACCCAAAGAAGAUGACUUCAUUUGUAAUCUCAGCGCCAGGAAAGGUCAUUGCUUUUGGAGAACAUGCCGUAGUUUAUGGAAAGACGGCUGUAGCAGUAUCUACAUCACUACGAUCAUAUCUACUAGUCACUUCAUUACCGAAGUCGCCGCGUGUAGUUCUAAUACGCUUCCCUGACAUAAGUUUAUCACACACUUGGAAUAUCGAUGAAUUACCAUGGGCUACAUUCUCUUCACCCGAUUCAAAGAUAUCCAAAUGUUCACCGGUGACUUCUAUUGAUCCCGCUUUGUUAACGGCCCUUGAGCCUCACCUAAGAGACAUCUCGACCCAUUGUCCGGAUGGUGUUCGAAAAAUUCAUCGGAAUUCGGCUUUAGCAUUCCUGUACUUGUUAUUGUCCCUAGGAUCCUCAAACUUUCAAAGCUGUUCGUACAUCAUCCGCUCUACCAUUCCAAUUGGGGCUGGGCUAGGAAGUAGUGCUUCUAUCUCUGUAUGUAUAGCUACCGCUCUUUUACUACAGACCAGAGCAAUCACCAGACCAAAUAAGAAUCAAUCUUCAUCAGAGGCGCGCAUUCAGUUAGGUCUUAUUAAUAAGUGGGCGUUUGUAGGAGAAAUAUGCAUUCACGGUAAUCCAUCUGGGGUUGAUAAUACAGUGGCCUCAUACGGUAAGGCUGUUAUAUUCCAGAGAUCAGACCAUUCUAAAACACCGAGCAUUGAGUCUAAGUGCAAUUUCCCAGAGCUGCCCCUUAUUUUGGUAGACACAAGAGAGCCUAAAUCAACAACAGUGGAGGUCGCAAAGGUGGCUGACUUGAAAAGACAAUAUCCCGAGCUUACCGAAUCUAUUUUCUCAUCAAUAGAUACGGUUUCGAAAUGUGCUUCUAAUCUAUUGUCUGCUAAUAGUUUCGAUGGAAAAGAUUUACAAAGUGUCAGUAAACUAGGAAAACUAAUGCAAGUGAAUCAUGGACUUUUAGUUGCCUUGGGCGUCUCGCACCCACGACUUGAACGUAUACGAGAAAUAGUUGACCACGAAGGUAUCGGCUGGACAAAGCUUACUGGUGCAGGAGGUGGAGGAUGUGCUAUUGUUCUGCUCAAACCAGAUCUAUCCCCAGAAAAAAUGGAGCUGCUCGAUGCCACUCUUGAGAGCGAAAACUUUAGUAUAUAUAAAACAGUCGUGGGAGGUAAAGGAGUCGGUGUCUUAGGGCCAGCUGUGUUUGAGAAUAGAAAAGAAGUUGAGAGAGAAGAUCUGGAAAUUGACAAAGAAAAGUUUUUGAACGCAGAGAAGCUUGAAGGAGUCGAUAAACUUGUGGGAGUUCAUGGUUUGGGUGGGAAUAGGAAGGCUUGGGAAUUUUGGCAGCUGGAAAAUGAGAAAAGUGAUUAG